UGAUUUCAAUCGGCUUAUUGACUUUUUGUGUGAAAUUGACGGAUUAGUAUCACGUUCACCUUUCCUAAAUACUAAUGAUAAUGUCAUCAAUUCAAAAUAUUCACAUUUAUUGGAUCCAACUUAUCAACAGUCUGUGAUCGAUGUACUUUUGCUUCAUGUCAACUGGAAUCCGUUAGACGCAUUAAUGCAUGCAAGUCAUUCUCUAUGGAUUACAUAUCAGUAUAUGCCGAAAUCGAAUAUGAAUGUGGAAAAACAUGCUGAUGAAGGUGAAACUGGUCUAUCGACAGUUUCUCCAGAAUCAAGCCUGAUACGCUUGAAGAAUGAGGAGUCUUGUGAACACCGUGUUGAACUAUCACGUUCAUCAUUUGAAGUAUUAUUCUCUACAUCUUCUCUGAUGACAUUGCCUUCGUCAAUCGAUCAAUUUUCAAAAUACAUGAAGGAAAUAACAGAUACACUGCGUCAACACGCUAAACAAAUGUGUGAUCGAAUUGAACGGAUUGAACGCCUACAGAAUGAAUUGCACACAAAUAUUAUCCCGAAAUUGUAUACUCCUAUACGUGUAAAAUUACUUCAAUAUGUUGAAUGUCAAUCAAUUCUACCUACCUGGAUGCCUGGUUAUCAACCGUGUUCUGGUGGAAGUAAUAUCUCAUGUGAAUAUCAAACAGAUAAAUGUGAUGAUCAAAUUCAACAAUUGUAUCAGCUACACAGAUCUGAUCUAGACAAGUCAAUUAAAACAGCUAUAGACAUUUCACAAAUUGCAGCAUGUGAUGUUCACAAUUAUUAUAAUGAUUCAUCGAUAUCCACCUCCUGCUCCACCUCUUCCUCGUCCACAGAUAAUAAAGAGAGAUUGAAUCAGAAUUGGGCAUAUACUGUCUUACAGUUACAAAAUUCAGUCAGCUACCUGAUACACAAAUCACGUUUAAUUCAUUCAGAGUUGAAUAGUAACCAUUCAGCAGGGACUAUUAGUUCAUCAACACCAUCAAAUAAUGAAUCUACCUCAAUUGUCAAUCAAUUAAAUCUUGUCCAGUCGACUGGAUUACAAUGUUUUCAACAGUUGUGUCAAAAUCUCUCUGGACAUCUCCUUCAAUGUCCAUUAACUAAACAGAUAUUUGCUAAUUGUGUCGGUGAACUUGCAAAUGAAUUUUUGACUAGUUUAUCAAGUCAGCAUGAAUUAUUACUGGAUAUGUUGGUAGCGUUACCGCAUUUAUCAAAUUUACUGUGUACCACAUUUAUACCGCCUAAUCCAUGCAGUAAUACUAAGCCAACUGAUCAUAAAAGUCAACAUCCCCUGUUGCCAAUCUAUCAACGUUUAAUGGAUAUACGUUUUCGGUGUAAUGCACAAACAGCUUUGAAUAUCCUAGAAAAGAUUAAUUUCAAAGCUUGGUUUUCAUUGGAGGUUAAAUAUUAUAACAAGGAUCAGUGGAAUGAAUUAAUACUUGCUUUAUUCAAUUGUAUUCAAGAAACAACUCCUACUACCACUACUACUAAUUAUUCUUCAGGCGUAAAUUCAACCUCCUCCGAAGAGAAUGAAGAUUUGCACAAACUUUGUAUUGUACACUUGAAAACACUCAUUUCAAAUCACUAUCCAGAUAUGUUUAUUUUAGCAUUUCAAUUAUUACUACAAGAUCUUAGUAAUAGUAAAUGUAUCGAUAUCUGGAUAUUAUUUCAAGAUUUACUAACAUCCGAUGUAGACAAUCAUUCGGGCUGUUCAAGUCUGUCAGCAGAACAAUUAACGCAACUUUUAACACAAGUCUCUCGAAAGUUGUCAUCAUCUGCACGAAAGUCGUCUGUUAAAUCAUCAUCCUCAACAUCAUCAUCGUCAUCUGUUGUACGUGAUUCACAAGCUGAUUUAUGCGAUGAUGAAUGUUCUUUAAUGUUACAAAAUAAUUCUCAACAAACUGUACAAGUUAUUCUACGAGUUUUAACGCUUUUAGCAUGUCAUUUAUGUGAAAAAAUUGGCUCUUGUAUAUUGAAUAAUCAUUUGUCUAUACAAAAUGGUCGGUCAAUGAUUAUGGAUAUGCUAGAACAAGUAUUUGGUCAAAUUUUACAUAAAUGUAUCAUUUUACAAUAUGAUAGAAAAUUCCAUACAAGUUCGUCAUCAUCAUCAGCAGCAGCAGCGUCAUCGCCACCACAAAUCUCGUCGUCUAUGCCUUCAGCAUCGUUUAUUGUAUAUGUAAAGUGUUGCUUAGACGCAUUUUCAGAUUGUCUCAACUCUGCUAUCAAAGCUUGUCCAAGUGAAAAUAACCUGCACUGGUCAAAUCAACUGAUCAACUUAUUUCUAAUCUGGUUCACUUCAAAAACCUUCGUGUUAAACAAUUUUCCGUAUAGCCUUAAAACUGCCUCAAUUUCUACAAUCCCAUCUCAUAAUAACACACAAGUUCAUACUACUCAAAUAUGUCUGCCACUCAUUGUCUAUUCAGCAUUCAUGAAUAAACCCACUGAUGAUGAUAGGGAAGAAAUCACUUCAGGAGUGGUACAAGGAGCCAAAGAAGACGAUCAAGAUGACCACAACAACGAGGAGAAGGAGGAGGAUGGAGAUGGCGAUUCAACAUUGAAAUGGUCUUUAUCCACCCUAAUAUCUAUGCAUAAUAUUGUCUGGAGACCAAAUCUGGAGUGUUUAGAUGCAAUGAUUAUGGUGUUAUUAAACUGUGAUCAUUUUGUCAAUGAUAAAUACAUGAAAAGAUUAGCUUCCAAUUUCAUGGUUCGUCUACUUCAUACUGUUCAAUAUUGGUUGGUGGAUCAAAGUACAGUACAAUCUAGUGAAGUACCAGAGUUACGUAAUUGGUUAAGCAUGACUACUACUACCAUCAAUAAUGCACUACUGCAUCAAAUUGAAAAAUCAAUGAUUAAAAUGGAUAAGGCCUAUGUGAAUUCGUUGACAUUUCUACUGGUGCUGAUUACUUCAGGUUUACAGACAAGUUGUAGUAAAUGUAUAAAAAUUCAAUUGAAAACUAUCAUGGAAAGCAUUCUCAGUUCAUUAGAUUUAUCAAUAGUUAGUGAUACAUGUUAUUUAUAUAUUUUAUCUUAUCUAACUGAACAAUAUUUCCCUGUACAUUGUGUUCUAAUGCCGCCUACAACUAUGGAAGGACGUUUAUUUGGUCUAUUGGCCGCUGCUGGUGGUAUGAUAUCCAAAUCAUCAUCGUCAUCAGAAUUGUCCAUUUUCUCACAGAAUUCGUCAAUGCCAACGAAUAAAUCAUCGUCAACAACUGGACUUUACCCAAGUCUUUCUAAUCUACAUGCAACCAGUCAUCGGUCAACUACACCAGCAAUUAUCGAUCUACACUAUUGUAAACGCUUAGCUUAUCUACGUAAAAUAACAAGUCUUCUAGGCUAUGCUGUAUUAUGUGAAGACGGCAACAAACAAUCGUUGAAUAGUGCAUUGGAUCGAUUAUUUGUAACUGAUGAUUUUGCAAGUUUAUUUAUGAAAAAAUAUGAUCACCAAUCGCCUUCCUCAUCAUCAUCAUUGUCGUCGAUGAAAUCAGAGUCCAGCUCAUCGAUGCUAUCUGUCCUGUGGAGCAGAAUGUCAUCAAUGCUGCCUGGCAGUUUAACAAGCCAUAGAAAUCCUAUCAGUACAAUUAGAGACCGUUUAUCAUCAUUAUCUACAGGCGAUGAUAAUAUGAAUAUGAAUAUCAAUAGUGAUAAUAAGCGUAGCGUUACUUCUCAGUGCGUAAAGAUUUUAACUUGGUUACGUGUAUGCAAUUUACUGUCUGAAUUGGAAGCUGUCACAGGUCAUACUGGUUGGGAACAGUCAACUUCACAAGAAUUUAAAAAGAUUACUGAAUUGUGUAAUGAAGUGAUGAGCCUGGUGAAUCGGUCAAGUUCACGAGUGGAAUUUCUCUCCAAGGUGUCAACAGUAGCCGUGAAUAAAAAGGAUCUUGUCUGUACAACAACAACAACAACACCAGAUCUCUUUGUCAAUGCUAUCAUCUUCUGGUUGUUGAAUAACUUGAAUGUAAACACACGAAUGAUGGGUGUCCUUGGAAAUAAUUUGUCAGCAGCAGCAGCAGCGGGAGCAUCACUGUGUCGUCGUCAUCGUGAGUCAGAAUCACUUGACUGUAGUGUUAUGCCACAUUCAAUGAAUGCGCGUUUGUCUAGACCCUUUAUUCAUUGUAUCUUGUCAAUGAAUUCACCUAUAGAUCAAGAGACAACAAGUCGUUUUGCACAAUUGUUGAAUGCUAGUAUUUGGUCUGUUAUUGAUAAUGCUCCAAAUGAAAUUUUAUCCAAAGAUCGAUUUUGGAGUAUCUAUGAAAUCUAUUCACACAACUAUUUUAUCCAAAAUAAAUCAAGUUUAAUCCAUUCAGAUUUAUUGAUUUCUAUGUGUAUUCAAAAUAGUCUACACUUGCCGUUACUGUUUACAAGUUUAAGUCGACUAGAUUAUUUCUACAGGAGGACAAGUAUGAUGUCAAAUCGAAACCGCGAUGAUAGCGGUGAUACUACUACUACUACUACUACUACUCCCAUAGUUUCAGCUAAUGAAUACAAUGUAAUUAUUGCCGAUUGUAUGCAUUGGUUACAUUCUCUUGGAAUUGGUUAUAUCAAUGAAGAAAUCGAUGGUCAAUCAUUUCAACUGAAUGGAUGGAUUCUACUGGUUAAUUUUAUUAUUAAUCUGAUUACCACACUCAGGAUGAAUUCGAGCACCAUGAAUAAUGAACCCUGUUGUUCUAAACAUCCUGCAUGGUCUACACAAUCCUUGAAUAAUAAUAAUAAUAAUAAUAAUAAUGGCAAUGAUGAUAAGAAGAAUAGUAGUAAUAGUAGUAGUGCUAAUAAUAACGCUGACAAUAAUAAUAAUAAUAAUAUCUGUCCAGCUGAAUUCCAUUGUAAACGUUUGUCUACUAUAUUGAAUGAAUUUAAAACUACUCUUAUUACUCAAUGGAAACGAAAACAAGCCAAGCUGACAGAAGAUCAAAUUCAACGAAUUACAAAGAUGUACAAUUUCUUGGAUUGUCUAUGUUGUCUUUUCGAUGCAUGGAUGAUCAAUACUAGUGCAUCACAUGGUAUGAAGAAUUUAGAGAGACUAUGCUCACAGCCGUCUCCUCAUCCUCAUCCUCCGCCUACUACAUCACCAUCAUCGUCGUUAUCAGCAGAUCUAUCGAAUAUAGAAGAAGGUUGUGAUUCAUCAUCGAAACAGUCAUCAGAAACACCAAUCAUCAGCAGCAUCAUCCAAGAAUCGAAUCCAUCCUUAACAUCGUCUAUUGUUUCAUCUCUGUUAAUCCGUUUGAAAUCAUUCACACUACUUGAAGCCUACCGAUAUGUAUGCCUUCAAUUUUGGAGUGAUCUUAAACCGUACGUGAAAGAAAUCCUACAAAUGUCUUUAACACUUUCAUCACACAUUUGAUCUACUACUACUUCGUUCGUCUUCUUCGUCAUCAUCAAGAACAUCAUGAUCUACAUGUGUUCUGUGUUCACUGUUGUAAAAUGCAGUUCGAUUGAUUGCCUUUCAAUUCGUUCGUCUACUAAUUUUCUUGUUGUGUGUGUGUGUGUGUGAAUAAGACACUAUAACACAUGACUUUUAUUUCCUUUAUUUGAGUCUGUAUAUUCACGUAUGUAUGUGUGUGUUUGCGUGGGUGUGUGCGUGCGUACGUUUGUACUUAUUCAUAAACUUUGUCAAGACGGUUUAUUUAUUUACUUCUAAAAGUGUAAUUUCUAUGAUAACCCUGCAUUGUGUGUGAUGUCAUCCAUGUUAUUUAAUCAUGCUUUCUCCUGCAGAGCUUCCCCCGCCCCUCCUACUACAGUAAUUUUCAUUCCCACCCCCCCCCCUCACUGACUCCUACAAUCUUUCUUUAUGAUGUCUUUCAUUGUGAUAAGAGAACAGUAUUUAUGACAGAUGCGAGUGCAUCUGUGGGGGUGGGAGUUAAUGAGUGAGUGA